UAUUCUCACAGGCUAGGACUCCCAUCUCUGCUGAGCAGAAAUCCAGGAAAGCUGAGUGAGAAGCCAUCCUACAUGGCAAUGACUUCAGCUGCUGAAAGAAAGAGAAAGCUAUUAAGUCUUGCAGCAGGCAGUGCUGUAAAAGAGGACAGCGUACCACUUCCUAUCCCUAAACGUGUGCGCCAGGACAAUCCCUUUGACUGUAAAGCCCUGCGAGUGAAAAAGACAGCAGUAGCAAAAAAUAAGGACAGUGGUGCACCGAGGCGUCUAACCAGGAGCAUUUCAGAUGGAAGCUUAGCAGCUGGAGCUAAAAAGAGACCUUUCUCAUUUCUUGGUUCAUCUCGACCGUUUUCACAA